AUGAAGGUAAGCAAGUCACUGUCAAACAACAUGCACAUUGCCUCCGUAAAGGUGGCUCAAUUAAUUAUCGUCCUGAUCGACGUUUUAAAAGUACUCUGCUCCGAUCCACAGCUCUCUGAUUAUCUUCACCUCAUUCAACACAGUCGACUGCCCCAAGGUUAUGAAUACAGUGCUCGUUCGGGUUUUUCUCCUGGCCUGAUAGGGAGUGAGCAUGUUCCCGUUGUCCUUCCCCCAGUCAAAGUACCUGGGCGUUCCCGUCUGAAUCCUUGGUACACCGUCAGCCGGGACCGCUGGAUCCAUGAGACCAUGGAAGAUCCAAAUCUUGAGUCAAUCUGCAAACGAGCAGCUCAACCCUGGCUGUACUGUGUAUUUCGAUGGAUGCAUUUCCUGAGACAAGGCGAAAAGCUCAAUGAGAUUCAAAAAGCCGAAAAGGAAGACUUUAGGAAGGCCCUUAAACAAACUAUUGUAGGGGCUUCAGCGUUUAGGCUCGAGUAUAUCGCAUUUUAUUGCCACUUGAGACGCGUGUGGCAAGUAGGGAAAGAUGGUGACUGGCAUGAAGUCUACUCGGACCCCUACGGUCUGUGUCCUCGGGUCUGUAGUGAUCGCAGCGGAAUAGCGGCGGAGACUGUGGCCAGUGAAAGUGGGCAUUUGAUCAGGCCGGAGAACAGGUUUAUGCAGUGUGUCCCAUCCAGUGGAAUGCCGACUGUUUUAACCACGAGUUGUGUUCCCGAUAGGAGAGUUCGCGAGUCCAUAAUUGAUCUUUGUCCAGUCGGUCUCCAUACGAGCAUUAGUUUCUCCUGUCAGUGUCCUUCAACCAAAGAACACGAGUGGUUGGACAAUCCGAAAGUCUGCUCAUGCAAUCUUAACUGGCGAAUACCACGGUAUUGGCGAGAAAAUGAAAAUGAUGGCAAUUGGAGAUUCAAUCCACCGCAAUACUAUCAACAUUUACCAUGCAACAGAAUGGGGACGCUGGAUGUUGCGUAUAUCUGCAUGGAUAACGAGGGUCACCUCAUCAGUGGGUCUGCAAAGCCAAACUGUCGGAAAGCUGAGUACUGCCUCUGCAAGACCCAGUACUAUGGAGCAUUUUGUGACAAGGUAUCAAAUUGCUAUCUUUAUGCUGACCGUUCAGUAUCAUUUAAGACGAAAUUACAGCAUACUUUGUUGCAGAUUAAAAACCCUUGCGAGCUGCCAGUAGGGGACUCGGUAACGGGUAACACAGCCUGCAGAGUGGCCGAAGGCAACAAGUGCAUAGCAGACCAUGUUUCAGGUGGUUACACAUGCCAAUGCCGUCCCGGUUUUCGUAGGUUCAACUUCACCAAGGGUCCAAUGAUGGGAAGAGAUAAUUGUGCUGAAAUUGUAGACGUUUGUCAGGAGAUGAAGUGCCUUCAUGGAAAAUGUAUAUCGGCUACUGAGUGGGACCCUGCGGUGGGACUUGUGCGAAUAGCAGCAAAAUGUCUCUGCGACAACGGCUGGAAAGGGCGUCUCUGCAGCCACCCCUAUCCGGUCAACAACUGGGUUCCUUGGACAUCUUGGACACCCUGCCAACCGACUUGUCAAACAAGUCUCUACCUGGGGAACCGAUACCGGUACAGAAAGCGAAGGUGUCUCAAUCCUUAUCUAGGCGACUGCAAGUUCAUGGAAGGCGAGAAGGGAAGAAGGACUGAUGAGCUAUCAGCACCGGAAGUUGUUGAAACACGACUCUGCCGUACACGACCCUGUGAUCGCUAUCUCAAGUUGGAGUUCGACGGCAGUGAAAUGGCACCCAUAGAAUUCCUACAUCCGAUUUGGCAGGCAAUGAAAGUCCUCGGACUAGUUAUCGUGGCCAUUUGUUUACUUCUCCCUCCAGUGACGGCACUCGCCUAUUGGUCGGUUCUACUGCAGAGCAGGCGGGCGGGUCACCUGUGCAAAGAACGUUACCUAAUGGCUAAGGAAAGUGCUCGAAGGGAGCAACAGAAGAAUGAGACGCUGCUGAAGGCCAACUUUUCUGCAUGA